AUGCCGGGCCUCUACCCGGACUCGUCCACUCUGUAUAACGCCCGACUACCCACAUCACCAAUCUACAAGCCUGCUGCGCCUGUCGAGCACCCGCAGAAGCGACCCAUCUUCUCCUCAUGGAGCGCCGCUGACACGGUCAAGAAUGAGGCACAGAAAGUGGCUUCAGAUGCCGCCGCGCAGUACGAGAAGGCCAGCAACAAAGCCCAGGCCAAAGUCGGCGGCAUAGAGCUCUAUUCGGGCAAGUACUACGCCGCAUGUACCUUCGGUGGUAUUAUCGCUUGCGGUCUCACUCACACAGCUGUCACACCCCUCGAUCUGAUCAAAUGCCGCCGUCAAGUCGACUCGAAAUUGUACAAAGGCAACAUCGAGGGCUGGGGCAAGAUCUACCGUGCCGAGGGCAUGCGAGGCAUCUUCACCGGCUGGGGCCCAACAUUCUGGGGCUACUCGAUCCAAGGUGCUGGCAAGUAUGGCUUCUACGAAUACUUCAAGCAUAAAUACAGCGAGCUGGUCGGCGAGGAUAACGCUGCCAAGUACAAGACUGGUGUCUACCUUGCUGCCUCCGCGUCGGCUGAGUUCCUGGCCGAUAUUGGCCUCUGCCCUCUCGAAUCGAUCAAAGUCCGCAUGCAGACCACUAUUCCUCCUCAGUUUACGGGUACGAUGCAAGGUCUGUCGUCGGUCAUUGCGAAGGAAGGCACUGGAGGCCUGUACAAGGGUCUGUACCCGCUCUGGGGCCGACAGAUCCCAUACACCAUGAUGAAGUUUGCUUCUUUCGAAAACAUUGUCGCUGCAAUCUACAACUACUUGCCUGGUACCAAGGACGACUACGGGAAAGGUACUCAGACCGCUGUCGCUUUCACUGGUGGUUACCUAGCUGGUAUUCUCUGCGCCAUUGUUUCUCACCCAGCCGAUGUCAUGGUCAGCAAGCUCAAUGCCAACCGUGCUCCUGGUGAGGCUUUCGGUGCUGCUAUUGGACGCAUCUACAAGGACAUUGGUUUCGGUGGUCUGUGGAAUGGUCUGCCAGUCAGGAUUGUUAUGAUUGGCACGCUCACCGGCUUCCAAUGGAUGAUUUACGACUCCUUCAAGGUCUUUGUUGGUCUACCUACGACGGGUGGUGGUACGGCUCCGAAGGAGACGACCCAGAAGCACUAA